AUGCAACGCAUUACUGAUGAUCUCAUACUCGUCCAGCGUGCUCUUAGUAGCGUUUCUGCUUCAUCUACAACGUCUUUAGAGCGUGUUUUCCGAUGUCUCGAGGGUCUCGUGACGCUCGUUCCGUUAUUUCUCGGCGAGCGCGAACUGGCGACUUUUGUAGCUGCAUUACAAGAGUUUAAUCGCGUUGCACAAGCUCUUGAGUCACACCCAAAGCUUCAAGAGGCUCUUCUGACACUUGGAAACAAUACAAACGAUCUAAUGGAUGCAGCAACUCGAGACGCUGCGACUUGCGCUCAAUUAACAAGAAAACGAGACCAUUUGGCUACAUUAUUGGCGCAAACAGAGCAAGUACUACAGAAUUCUCACUUGAGACGAUCUCAGCAGUAUCAAGACACGAUUCAACACUUUAUGGCAGAGUUUCAAUCGACAUUAAAAGACGAGCACUUGCAGCUUGCAAAGCAACUUCGCUUCGAUAUUGAGACCAUUGAGACGUCCAUGUUGAAGAUGUUACGACCACACUUUGAAAUAUGCAAGACCAUUACGAUUGCUAAUGCUCGAGUGCAGUGGACCGAAUCUACGUUUUCUAAGAUAGAGUGCAAAGACAUCAGCGUCUUUGUGCAAACUGCUGCAAAGCUGGAAACCGGAGACACAACUUUUCACAGUGUGCUUCAGGAUACGACUCAAUUUCUAGCUCAAGUUUCGUUGUUCGAGCAAGCGGCUAGUAAGGAUGCCUUUUUGGUUUGUUCCAGCGCCUUAAAGUUGCAAUUUCGCGAACGGCUUGACCAAGAACUCUUUCUCGCCUACAUGAAGGACUGGAGCGAAAAACACAAGACAUUGCAGCUGACAGAGUCAAGUAAUGAAUUCAAAGCUGCUACUGAUCUUUUGCAGAAUUUAAAAUUAGCCAUUGGACGAGCGCACGAACUUGCUCAGAUCAGCCGAGAAAAAGUAGCACUGGAUAUCCCAGCACGCGAAUCACUGGCUAAAGAGGUGGCGCGUAUUUUCCACGAAGAAGGUGGACACAUAACUCACUUUGACCUGCCUGAGUGCGCGUGA